UCUUUUAUUCUCUUUUUCUUAGUUCAUACCUCGGCAGCUGCCCUGAAGAUUACUGGAAAGUGGAAACGGAGAUGUUGGUCAGUUGGUGGUUACUUUGCUCGUCACGGAUAGCGUUCUACCUUGGACCAACUAGGAAUGAUGUUAAGGAACUUAAAGGGCCAUCUCUGAGAGCAUGCAGUGCAUAGAUCCAUAAAAGUGCUAGCAUAUCAAGCUAAACUAGUUUUACCUUGCAGCAAAAAUAGUAUUUAGUCUACCUUAACCUUUUUAAGGAUGGUGUCGACGAGAGAUUAAGGUUAGUAUAUUAUCGAUUUAUAUGAACCUCGGUGCAUGGAGUUCCAGCAUCAUUAAAAAAAAGGUUGUGGCCUCGUGGGCUGGUUCCAUUAUCAACCAAUUAUUGUCUCAGUUACUCAGUAGUGUCAUUGGUAGGACUUAGGAGUAUUGAUAAACCUGAAUGCAGAUCAAUGAUUCUCAUGGACACAUUUGCAUGUCUCAUUGAAAUUUGAGGUUCACAGGAAUUGUGUCCACAGCUGACAAUCUUUCUUAUGUUUACCUGCAUGUGGACCACUUUACAUCCCCAUUCCUCAUUGGCACGUUCCAAAAUUUCGUGCAGUGCCCUUGGUUCAACGCUUGCUACCGGUCCAUACCCAUGUGUCACAUUAAGCAUGCCUCUGCAAAACUAGGUGUAAGAACAUUUGAUAAACCAAAUGGAUAGUAAGGAGCACUGGAGCAGCAUGGCUGUUAGAAUAGGGAAAGUUGGCUUUAGGUGUCAAGGAUGCAUCAGCAAGCCACGGCAGGACAUAGUGACAAAUGGUUGCAAAAUGAAUUGCUCUCAAGGGUGCAAAGCUAACAGUUUCUGUUGUGGCUUGUGUUUUUACCUUGGGUGAGGAAUGAACUGCAUGGAGGUUGACUCAACUGCUUGCGAAUCAUCAGGACAAGUUACCAAUCUUAAGUCCCAGUUGUCAUCAUUGGAGAGAGGGAAUGUUGAACUUAGGAGGCAGAUUAAUGAACUAUCCAUGAAACUUCAAAUAGCUGGACAAGGAAAAGAUGAGACUUUGUACAAGCCUGGUCCGUUCGGAACUGUCAAAGCUUUGAGAACAAAUCCAACUGUAACCCCUGAUGAAUCUGUUAAUCCCAGGUUGGCCAAGAUAUUGGAAGAGGUUGCUGUGAAAAAGGAACUCAUUGUUGCAUUGGCAAACACCAACGUGAGGGAGAUGCUCGAAGUUUGGUUUACCAAUAUCAAACGAGUUGGUAUUCCAAACUACCUGGUUGUGGCGUUGGAUGAUAAUAUAGAAAGCUUAUGCAAAUCUAAAGGGGUUCCAGUCUACCGGCGUGAUCCUGAUGAAGGCAUCGAUAACAUUGCAAAAACUGGUGGAAACCAUGCCGUCUCUGGACUUAAGUUUCGUGUUUUAAGGGAGUUCUUGCAACUUGGAUAUAGUAUUCUCCUCUCUGACAUUGAUAUUAUUUUCUUGAGGAAUCCAUUUGAUCACCUUUACAGAGAUUCUGAUGUGGAGUCCAUGAGUGAUGGCCACAACAACAUGACAGCUUAUGGUUUCAACGACGUGUUUGAUGAGCCUUCUAUGGGUUGGGCCAGAUAUGCUCACACAAUGCGGAUUUGGGUUCACAACUCUGGGUUUUUCUAUAUUAGACCAACAAUUCCUUCUAUUGAACUUCUGGAUCGAGUGGCUGGACACCUUUCUCGUGAGCCAAAGUCAUGGGACCAGGCAGUUUUCAACGAGGAGCUGUUCUUCCCGUCUCAUCCUGGUUAUGAAGGCCUUCAUGCAUCCAGGAGAACCAUGGAUAUUUAUCUUUUCAUGAACAGCAAAGUCCUCUUCAAGACAGUGAGGAAAGACGCUCAGCUCAAGAAGCUAAAGCCAGUGAUUGUGCAUUUGAACUACCAUCCUGACAAGUUAGAGCGAAUGAAAGCAGUUAUCGAAUUCUAUGUCAACGGCAAACAAGAUGCACUGCGUCAUUUCCCUGAUGGGUCAGAAUGAGGAAAUUACAGAUUUUGCCGGUAAAGAAACCUAUACCCUCUGUAUCCUACUCAUUUUGGUGUUGUCCUGGCAUUUGGAUCUACAUGUGGCCGAUGUGGGAUCUUCACACGUGCGAGAAUGUUUGGCGAGUGCAAUAUGGAUGCAUUGACCUUUAGCUAUUUGGAUUGGAUAUCUCCUUGGUCUCUAGUCUAGUAGUCUCUACUAACCUUAACAGUUCUGUAGCAAAUUUGUACAAGCUUAGAUAGAUGGCUGAUCACAUUUUUCUUUACCGUAUGAUCUUUUGAGGUACGAAUUUAGGAAAUGGAGGCGGUUUCUUCUGAACUAGUGAUACGAUUUUAUGCUGGUGUUUUCUUGUGAAUUGAGAACCUUUUACAGUUCCAAUUUAUUUAUUAAUUUUGAUAUUAUCCGCA